AAUGCCUGAACACUCGCGACCUCUGCACACUCGGCCUUCUGGUAGCGUCUUCAUCAUCAGAUCAUCUGCAGGGAGAACACAAUGGGAUCUGCACAUCGGUGUUCACCUGUUCCUGGUGAUGUUGCUGCUUGCUUCCGCCAACUUUUGGACUUCCCGAUUUCUUGUUACUACCCCAAAAUCAAUCGAGCUGCAAAAAAGAAAUAAAUCAGAAUACUUUGGCUCACCCGAAGAAAAACCCAUGACACAAAAGAGUUCGGAAUACUCAUUAAUAUAUUUGAAUCCGAAUUUUAAUACUUCCAAAUCAUCGGAUCAAAAUUUGAGCGUAAGAAGAAGCGUUCAUGUUUUGCAUAAUGCGGGACAGUACCUUAUCGGGAUUUCGGCCUGCAUUGGUGCCGAAGAAACUCUCUGUGAUUAUUCAAUGUAUUUAUUAGUAGAUAGAAAGCUUGAAUCGAUCAGUGAGAGUGCAAGUAACUUGAAUAUCAUGUUGUCACAAAAGCCACUCGAUGGCAAUCACUGCGUUUUCAUGUCGAAAGGUUGUCACAAACUUCCACUGUUGUUUCGUGUUCAAUGUUUAAUCGAUUUAUUGCCUAUUAAUAUGAAUAUGAUGUAUGAGGAGAAUCUUCGGGAAAACCUACGUUAUCCGGGUAACAUUAUGAAGACAAUCGUAUAUCUCAGAGCAACAAACUUCCAAAUGUAUCCCGUAAUUGUAAUAUUUUCAAGUUCGCACUCACUUGCCUCCCACACGAAAAACGUUCCGUGUGGGCAAAGUUUUACUAAAAAUAGUUUUACAUAUGGAGAGCUGUACAGUUUAUUAGGAAACUGCACAUUGGACGCAUCGAGGAUAUCAUUUUUUAAGAAGUUAUGGUGUGAGUCAGCAAUUCGUCAGAAGUUGAAUGCAGUAUAAGGCAGAACCCGAUUAAUAAUUUCAUUAUCGUUUUCACGCAAAUGCUGUAUUCUUGUAACAUUGAUCAAUAAUUCAAAAUAAAACCGUUUCUUGAUAGACCCAAUGCACACGUUAUGGAAUAAUUAAUCUAAAUGUGCAGCUUUAUUUGAAAAUAUUAAAAGCAUCUAUUUUUGUGCUAUGAAGAAGAAUUUUAUUCUGUCAUGGGAUUUGACAUGAGAAAAAUUGUUAAAAUCUUAUUUAUGACGUUGUGAUUUAAUAUCAAACGAAUAGAAUUAGUAUUAUAAUGAUCAAUAUCUACAUAUAAACUCACUUAUUUACUUAGAUUAUAUUGCGCAAUCCCUACAAUUGAAAAUUAAAUUCAAUAAUCCCAACUAGACCAAUUGUUUUAGUCAUAGUUUUCGGUGACACAUAACUAUUAGCCAGGUGGUUGUAUAGCGGUUGAAAUACUUCAAAAAUUACCUGUUCAAAUUGUGGCCAUAUACGAGUGCAGCUUUUUUCAUGGUAGAUAUUCCAUUUUAGAAUCACUCCGUAUGUUCGAGUUCAGAAUUAUAUUUUGAAUCAUGCCUUAGCAUCGAAAAUAGGUACCAUAUCAUAUUUCAAUUAUAAAAGUUACUGCACAAUAAUACUUAUAAAUAGCUUUUUCGUUAAAAAAAGACGCAGUAGGUCGUUGUUCGAUUGUUCCAUAAUUACAUUGAAUACUGUCUUAAUGAAUGUUCUUCCAAAAUGCUGUCAUACUAUUAACUAUGAAUGGAUUUUAUUUUGUGUAAAUUUUACUUCACAUUGAAAAAUCCUUAUUAAAUGAUUGAUAUGAAACGCAUUCAGAUCACCACGUUUUAGUUUAAUGUAUUAUAGAAUUUAUUUGAUUCAAUAAAAUAUAGAUAUAUGUAAUAUGUUU